AAUAACUAGAUAAGUUAGAGGAGAUGGAGCUGGAACCGCCAUCUAACGACUUCGGCACUGGACGACAUCGGUUGUAAAAUAGAGCGCGCCGGAGUAGCGGCAUGAAGUACGGCAACGCAUCCGUCGUUCUGCCACUAAUAACGGGUGACGCUACUCCUCCGUCGCUCCGCGAGCCGUCGCACGGCGAUUGCGCGCGCAAUGAAUCAGACCGCGCCAGUGUCGUGUAUUCCUGCGGGGAAGAUGUCGAAGGCGAAAAAGGUGCUGGACGAAGCCCGGGAGAUCCAGAAUCCCGAGCUGGAUCUCGCCGACAAGGGUAUCGCGACGUUCGAGGAGAUGCCGGGAUUGCUGAAUAUGAUUAACGUAACGAGGCUGACACUAAGCCAUAAUAAAAUUCAAGCGGUGCCACCGGGUCUCGCCAAUCUAGUUAAUCUUGAGAUAUUGAAUCUCUUCAACAAUCACAUCACCGAGCUGCCCAUAUCUCUCUCGCAAAUGCCGAAAUUGAGGAUCCUGAAUGUAGGGAUGAACCGAUUAGACGUGCUUCCUCGCGGUUUCGGUGCGUUUCCGGUUCUCGAGGUGUUGGACUUGACGUACAACAAUCUCAACGAAAAGAACCUACCCGGAAACUUCUUCAUGAUGGAAACUCUAAGAGCGCUCUACCUCGCUGACAACGAUUUCGAAUAUCUGCCGCCUGAAAUCGGCCAGUUAAAAAAUCUCCAAAUUCUCGUACUGAGGGAGAAUGAUUUGAUCGAAUUACCGAAAGAGAUUGGCGAACUGACACGCCUUAGAGAGCUGCAUAUUCAAGGAAAUCGUUUGACAGUGUUACCUCCGGAAAUAGGAAAUCUAGAUCUGGUGAGUAACAAAGCGGUGUUUCGAAUGGAAUUCAAUCCGUGGGUUACUCCGAUCGGCGACCAGCUGCAAGUGGGCAUAUCUCACGUCAUGGAUUACAUUCGCUCGGAAACGUAUCGAUAUGUUUACAAUCGACAUCAAAGUGCCAAAGGUCCGCCACCUGCCAUUGAGAACGAUAAGAGCAAGAAGAUCUCUCGUGCUCGUUGACGUGAACUUAUUUCCACAUAAUCCCGACCAAAUAUAUAUUUCUGCCUAAUCUCGUACAGAGAUUAUUUUUAUAAGCCAUAUACUGCCAAUACUCAUUUAUUUAUGCUAAUUAACGAAUCCAAGAACUAAAUAAUGCCUUUUAGAAAUAGGAUCAAUAACGAUAAGAGACGAUAGUAUUAACAAUAUUGUUAUAUAUUUUCAAUUGUCUAUUAAUUUAAUAUACAUAUACAUAUACAUAUUGUUUUCUAAUCCAAAAAAAACAUAUAUAUAAAAAUUUUAUCUCAAUCUUUUGCGUAUUUUUUAUUAGAGAAAUAUUGAUAUAAUUGUUAAUCUUAAUUAGCGAAUUUAACUAUUAAGUAACAAGUUGUUAAAAAAAUAUUUCUUUUUAUAGAAAUCGCAAUAAAAUAUUGAGUAUGUUGAUUAGCAAUUCAACAUAUUAAAUAUCUCUCAACUCGGAUAAUAAAAAUACAUUUUAUAUAUGUAUAGGAAAUCAAGAAUAUCUAACUUUGAGAUCUUUUUGCAAUACAGUAUUAAUAGUAUUUUGCAAUAAAAAUAUUCUAAUUGG